AUGGCGUCCCAGGUUCCGACCAGAGGGCCAGAGCUGCUUGCGGUCAAUAUCACAUUUUGGACACUGGCUGUUAUCACUUGUUUGCUGCGCACUUAUGUUCGAUGCUUUCUUGUGAAGGCAUUCAGAAAAGAUGACUGGCUUAUGGUUAUUGCGACAGUCUUUUUUACGACAUAUGCCACAUUCUCCACUAUCGGUGUCGGCUUCGGAACUGGUCGACAUCAUGCCGACCUCGAAACAUAUCAAAUCCGUACGGCUAUGAUGUCCUGGUGGUUUUGCUACUUAUUCUACAGUCUCACUAUGAUUUGUUGCAAAUUGUCUAUCGGCUACUUCUUGCUUCGUGUCAGCAACAACAAAUUACAAAGAUGGACCAUCUACAUCGCGAUGUUCUCUACCGCCCUAUCUGGAGCAAUUUUCUUUUUCGUCACUCUCUUUCAAUGCCAUCCCAUAUCAUUCUUCUGGGACAAGGAACAAGACGGUACAUGCGUCAAACCCGAUAUUAUCAUCGCUCUUGCGACCCUAUACAGUGUUUUUGCUGUCAUUUCCGAUUUCAUUUUCGCGCUACUCCCAGGAGUUAUUGUGUGGAACCUACAGCUUCAUAAGAAGACAAAGUACUCUUUGAUCCCACUUCUUGCAAUGGGUUGCGUUGCCAGUGCAGCUGUCAUUGCUCGCUUCCCAUAUCUUGCCUACUUCAGAAAACCCGACUUUCUCUGGAAUACCCUGGACAUUGCCAUCUGGUCAACGAUCGAACAAGGACUAGCUAUCGCUGCCAGUAGCUUAGCCACUUUACGACCCCUCUUGAAAUUGGCCGGUUUCCGUAUGGGCUUCACUAGCAAGCCGGUAUCCGUUGGCCCGUCUGGCUAUCUUUCGUCGCCGCGUACGCCCGGACCUGGAACAGGAAGCGGUUUCCCCGGUCGCGAUGCAUACACUCUCUCCUCUGUUAGCCGCCCAGAAGCUACUGAGAGCCGAGGGGGCAAGUUUGGCUCAAGUUUCGCGAACGAUCUUGAGAACGGGAUCACAAAGGAGACGAAAUGGGAGGUGAAAAUAUCGCACACAGCGAGAAGUGAAAGCCAGGAGGAGCUCCGUUCGCCCAACACUUGGAGGUCUAAGCCUGUCAGUCAAUGGGAUGCUUAA